UUUCCCAUAUUGAUACAGUGUUGUUCCCUUUCCAGUAGUGUUGUAGUUAUGAAAUAUGAAAAUACCCGUUACUCUGUUGACGUUUUGAGUGGACGAUACGUACCAAAGGCCUGUGGAACUGAAAGUGUUUUGUCAUCUUCUUUGGCUGCCACUAUUCUGCACCCACAACGAUUCCCUUCAAACUUUAGUAACUGCAGGAAGAGCCAUGGCCUCUAUUCCCAUCCCUGGAAGUGAGAAUGGCAAUAUAGACGAAGAGACCUCCCGCUCCCCUGGCCUGCUGCCCUCUGCCCUGGACACCCUCAAACAGGACGAGACUGAUGGGGUGCCCCUCGACACACCCUGGACCUUUUGGAUUGAUAAGGCUACAAGGGGAGCAACAGCAGCUCAGUAUGAGGCCAACAUGAAGAAAAUAUAUAGUGUCUCGACAGUUCAGAGUUUCUGGUCUGUUUACAAUCACAUACCUGAUGUUUCGGAGCUUUCUCUACGCUAUUCCUACCACUUGAUGAGGGGAAACAGGAGGCCAAUGUGGGAAGAUGAAGGAAAUCAGAAUGGGGGAACGUGGAGAAUUAAAGUAUCAAAAAAAGAUACAUCGCGUUUGUGGAAGGAGUUACUUUUAGCAGCGAUUGGUGAACAGUUUGAAGGACACCUAGCCCCUGGGGAUGAAGUAUGCGGCAUCUCAGUCUCUGUGAGGGAGCGUGAUGACUUGUUACAGAUCUGGAAUUAUGACUGCAGCCUUACUAAUCAAGCAACAGUAAUGAAGAAAGUUCAUAGUCUAGUCCCAGAUGUUUUCUUUAAUGCAGAGUUCUAUAAACCUCAUCAGACUCAUCAUGCAUAUGAGGGUGAGAAAUCACAACUAAGCAACAUGAUGAUGAUAAACUCAUGAACAUGGUAUGUUGUAGGUUUGUAUAUGCUCACACAAACUUUUUAUAAGUCACAGCUCAUGGGUUUAUGCUCAUUCCUAUGCCUGAUAUCUUCCUCGUUAAAUAUGUAUUAUAGCAUUAGAUAUUUAUCUGUUGUAUGCUAUAGAUCUUUAUUAAGGAUAGAAAAAGAUUAUAUUGGUUUUUAGUUCUUUGAUAACAACACAAAUUAAAUUUGAAAGUGACUUGAUAUUAGUGUACUGUUUCUGAUACUUAAGACCGUUUUGAGUUGUAGGAAGUUCUGAAUGAGUUUUUGUUUUUGCAUUGAUUGUAGAUUUUAGGUCACAUUUUCCUUUACUUGUGUGUAACACAGAAUAGAGGAGGUUCUGUUUAAUUCUGUGUGAAGAUGUUAUUGCAUUCUUUUAGGGUAAGAGUUAUUGUUUACCUGAAAAAAAAAAAAAUGACAUUUAGUCCACUAUUGAUACUUAAAAUUGAACCGUAAGCAAAAUCAA